GUGAGAUGUGAAUACCCCUGUACACAAUGCUCUAAUUUGACAUACUGCACAAAGUGUGAUGCAUACUCGUACACCAAGAAUGGCAAGUGUUUCGAAAUCAAUGAGAUACUGAAUGUGUGUGAUGUGAUGAUGUCAACAUUCGAGGGGUGUGUUGUGUGCAAAAACGGGUAUUUGCGAUCAAGUGAUGGCAAACAAUGUGUUAGAUGUGACGCAUCUUGUAAAACGUGUUCAAAUGAUGGGGAUUGUGUGGUUUGUAGUGAUGGAUAUUACAGAACUCCAAACAACAACACUGAGCUGUGUAACCCACAAACAGAAUUAAACAACUGUUUGAACAAAACAACGAGUGAGUGCACACUAUGUGAAGAUGGUUUUGCACUGAAAGACAAUUUGUGUCACAAAUGUGGUAAAAAUUGCACAUAUUGUGAUGACACUUUUGAGUGUUCAAAAUGUGGUGAUAACAACAUUUUAAAAGAAGGCGUGUGUGUUCACUUUUCUCAAAUAUCAAACUGCAUUUCAUCACAAAACUCCCUUUGUUGGGAGUGUACAGAUAACUACAAGUUAAGUGACGACAAAAUUGAAUGUUUUAUAAACACGAAUUAUGGUAUCGUUGUUGGUCUUCCAAUUGUGUGUGUAAUUGUACUUGUUGUUAUAAUUGUCACAAUUAUAACAAUUGUUGUUUUGUUUGUGUUGAGAAAGAAAGAUAACAAACACACUGAAAAUAUUUGUGUCUUCAAGAUGAGUCGCUCCAAUAUUAAGAUGACCAAAUUUGAUGGCGACAUUCUAUCAAACAAAAAUGAAAUUUCAUUUGGUGAUGAAAGUGACAAAAUACAAAUUGAGACUGAAAGUCGUGAAUUGUUGUGUGUUGGCAAUUCGUCUAAAGGUAACGUGAAGAUUCAAAUCACAACAAAAGACAAAUGCGACAAAUACAAAAUUCGGACAGAACCAAAAAUAGUGACUUUGAAAAGCGGAUUUGCAUGCGAAUUUGAAGUCUUUAUAACGCCAUAUUGCACAAUGGAUUUGAGUGAUGAAGUUGUGAUUGUAUCACUUGAUUUACAUAGUGGUAAACAAAACACAACUUUUAUUAACAUCAAAGCACUGGUGGAGCAAUCAACACGUCUUGAUUACGACGAAAUCAAAACUGAGAAGAAACUUGGCGAAGGCUCUUUUGGUAUUGUCUUCAAAGGAACUUACAGAGGAAAUGUUGUUGCAAUCAAGAAGAUGAAACAAGUUGACAACUCAAAUAAAGAAAAUACAAUUGAAGAAUUUAAAAAGGAAGUUGAAAUGCUUGAUAAAUUUAGAAGUGAGUACAUUGUCCACUUUUAUGGCGCCGUGUUUGUACCAAAUAAAGUGUGUAUGGUCACAGAAUUUGCUGAAUUUGGAAGUUUAAAAGAUUUAAUGAAACAUAAAACAAGUAAUGAAGUUGACAUGAAAAUUCGAGUAAAAAUGAUGAGAGACUCAUCAAAGGGAAUUUUGUAUUUACACGAAAAUGGGAUCUUACACAGAGACAUUAAACCAGACAAUAUUUUUGUGUUUUCAUUAAAUGAAAAUGACAAAGUGAAUGCUAAAUUGACUGAUUUUGGAAGUGCCAGAAAUAUCAACUUAUUAAUGACAAACAUAACAUUCACAAAAGGUAUCGGAACACCAGUGUCCAUGGCGCCUGAAGUUCUGAAAAAAAAAUACACGAAAAGCGCAGACGUCUUCUCGUUUGGUGUUACUAUGUUUGAAGUGUUUGGAUGGUGUAAAGCGUACCCACUUGACACAUUUAAGUUUCCAUGGAAAAUAGCAGAAUUUGUUAUAUCGGGGAAACGUCUUGAAAGAAAAGAGAAUAUCACAGAAACUCUGUUUAAAGGGAUAGAAAUGUGCUGGGUACAAGAAAAGGCAAAUAGAGGAACUAUUAAUAACAUAAUAAAUUUACUCACUUUGUAA